AUGUUGCUGGAGGCUGACGAAAAAGGCCCCCAAAUAAUGAAGAUCACGGUUCAUAAGCCGCACAAACUAACUGACAGGACAAUGAAAAUGCUCCCAAAGUAUUUGUGA